AUGGUUGCAUACACAUCAGGCCUACGUUUCAAAGUACUACCUCAUCUAGGUAGAAUCAACAUGAAGAAUUUAAUGUCAUACACUCCAAACUUAAUGCUUUGGGGUGGUGCCUCAUUGGUAGGUGCUCUAGUCUUCGUAGAAGGAUGGCCAUUAUUUCAAAGAACUCUGUUUAGUAAGAUUCCUAUACUAGGUGCUAACUGGCAAAAGGAGAUUCCUGCAGAAGAUAGACCAAAUUAA